UUCAGGGUUUUUUUUAAAGUUACAAGAAGUUGAAAUAAAUUGCUCACAGCCUGACAGAAUGGCAGACCAGAAGCGCCUCGCCUACUCCAUCAUCCAGUUUCUGCAUGACCAGCUACAAAAUGGGGGUCUGUCUCCAGAUGCUCAGGAGAGUUUGGAAGUGGCCAUCCAGUGCCUGGAGACAGCGUUCGGGGUCUCGAUGGAAGACCAAGGCCUGGCUGUGUCCCAGACUCUUCCCGAAAUAUUUGAAGCUGCUACGGGGAAGGAGCCUGAACACCUCAGGACUAACUCGGAGCCCAUCACCCCCUCUGAAGAUGACAUAGCGGAAGCUGAAAGACUCAAAACUGAAGGAAACGAGCAAAUGAAGGCAGAGAACUUUGAAGCUGCCGUCUCCUUCUACGGAAAAGCGAUUGAGUUAAACCCAGCCAAUGCCGUGUACUUCUGCAACAGAGCUGCUGCGUACAGUAAACUGGGAAACUAUGCCGGAGCGGUGAGAGACUGUGAAAGAGCCAUAGGCAUCGAUCCCAACUACAGCAAAGCUUAUGGCAGGAUGGGCUUGGCCCUCUCCAGCUUGAAUAAACACACAGAAGCUGUUGUUUACUACAAGAAAGCCCUGGAGCUGGAUCCAGACAAUGACACGUACAAAUCGAACCUCAAAAUAGCUGAGCAGAAAAUGAAGGAGACUCCCAGUCCGGCAUCUAACCUAAUGAACAAUCCACAAGUACAACAGCUCAUGUCUGGGAUGAUUUCUGGUGGCCACAACACCAUGGGAGCAGCGGGCACCAGCCCCUCCACGAACGAUCUCGCCAGCCUCAUACAAGCGGGCCAGCAGUUCGCCCAGCAGAUGCAGCAGCAGAAUCCUGAACUAAUAGAGCAGCUGCGGAGCCAGAUCCGGAGUCGAACUCAACGAUGCACUCGUCACUACGGGAUGUUCUUCACCUCCCUGCCCACGUGCCACUUCAGAGAAGUGUCCCCGUCCUCCCUCACCCCUGUCCUGCCCCGCUGGAUCUUCUUGCCCGUUACGGGACG